AGGAUACGUGGCCCGAAAAUUAGUGGAGUUUCUUGUGUUGUUUAUAUUUUUAGUGUGUGAAUACGAUAAAAUAUAAUAAAACUGAAAUAAUCAUCACACAAAAUGAUGAAUCCACAAUAUCCACCACCAGGCCAAAAUAAUAAUGCUCCAAAUAAUCCACUAAACUAUCCUCCAUCACAAGAUUACAAUGGCAUUCAAAAUUCUAAUAAUUAUAAUCAAAUUCCACCUAAUAGUUCCCAAAAUGAUAUAUCCAACAAGAUGCAAAAUAUGAAUGUAAAUGGGCCACAGGGUUUUAUACCACCAUCCCAACUGCCACCAGGUCAGUUACCUCCAAAUUUUCCACCUACAUCUAAUUUUAACCAAAUGCCAUCUGGUGUUAAAUCAAUGCAACCUGGCCGGCCACCAGUCACCAGUAUGCCUCAACAAUUCCCUCCUUCACUGGCCCAAAUUCCUCCAUCUUCUACUCCUGGCCCUCAGUUCAAUCAACCACCUACAUCUAUGCACAUGCCAAAGCCCAUGCAACAACAACCUGGAAUGCAGAGCCAAACAGGGAUGCCACAGAUGCAACAAAAUCCUCAAAUGCCACUUCAGUAUGGACAGAGUCCUCAGAAUAGUCAACCAGGUUUGAACCAACCCCAAAUGAGACCUGAUCAAGGGCAAAACAUGCCAUCAAAUAUACAGAAUAGAGGUCCUAUGCCUAAUCAGCAUUUUUCACAAGCAAGUUCCAUGCCGCCAUCAAGUCAGGGUUCAAUGAGAGCUGAAACUCAAGGACCUCCUAGCAUGCAGAAACCUUUACAACAAACAAGUAUACAAUCUCAUAUGCCACAACAGGGAUUGCCUAUUCAACAAGCUGUGCCCCCACAACCAGGCAUGCCUCCUCAACAAGCAGUGCCUGCCCAACCAAGCAUGCCUCCUCAACAAAGAUUGCCACAGCAGCCAGGCAUGCCACCGCAGCCAGCUAUGCCACCGCAGCCAGGUAUGCCACCACAGCCAGGCAUGCCGCCGCAGCCAGGCAUGCCACUGCAACCUGGCAUGCCACCGCAGCCGGGCGUGCCAUCGCAGCCAGGUAUGCCACCUCAGUCAGGGAUGCCAUCUCAGCCAGGCAUGCCACCGAAGCAGGGCAUGCCACCGCAGCAGGGAAUACCGCCCCAGCCAGGCAUGCCACCACAGCCAGGAAUGCCACCACAGAUGGGCAUGCAUUCUCAACCAGGCAUGGCUCCACGAUCGGGAAUGUCUCAGCAACCAGGCACGGCUGCACAACCUGGAAUGCCACCACGGCCAGGAAUGCCUCCACAGCCGGGAAUGCCUCCACAGCCGGGAAUGCCUCCACAGCCGGGAAUGCCUCCACAGCUGGGAUUGCCUCCACAGCAGGGAAUGCCUCCACAGCCAGGAAUGCCAACACAUGCAGGAAUGCCUUCUCAGCCUACCAUGCAUUCACAACAAGGAAUGCCACCACAGCCCGGAAUACCUCCACAACCAGGGAUGCCCUCUCAACCAGGUGUACCUCCACAACCAGGAAUGCCACCACAGUCUGGCAUGCCCCCCUCAUCACAGUACAAUCAGUUCCAAUCUAUGCCUGGUAUGCCUCAUAUGCCACCACCAUUGAAUCAGCAGGGACAGUUCACUGCACCACCACAAAACCCUCAAUAUCCAGGAAUGCCGCCAAUGCCUCAACAAAAUUAUCAGGCAGGUUCAGGAUAUCCACCACCUUUCCCAGCCCAACAGCCAAGUUAUGGACAGCAGCCAUACCAGCAACCUCAACAAAGAAGGCUUGAUCCUGAUCAGAUGCCAAGUCCAAUCCAAGUGAUGUCAGAUGACCAAAAUAACCGCAGUGGAGUAUUUGUAACCAACGAUAAAGGCUUAGUGCCUCCACUUGUCACCACUGACUUUAUUGUUGAUGAUAAAGGAAAUGCUAGUCCCAGAUUCAUAAGAAGUUCCCUGUACAGUGUUCCUGUGACAACUGACCUUCUCAAACAAACAUCCAUUCCUUUCUGCCUUGUUAUUGCCCCCAUGGCAGAGACAGUGGGUACAGAACAGGAGCCUCCAUUAAUUGACUUUGCAGCCCUCACAGGGUCACCUAACAUGGGCCCAGUGAGAUGCAGUCGAUGCAAAGCAUAUAUCUGCCCCAAUAUGAAGUUCAUAGAUGCAGGCAGGCAUUUUAAGUGUGCCUUCUGUAAAGCAACUACUGAGGUGCCAAUGGAGUAUACGCAAUACAUAAACACAAUGCAACAGUACGGAAGACUUCCGGCUGAAAUAAGUGUCGGCGCCUACGAAAUUGUCGCUACUAAAGAAUAUUGUAGGAACAACACCCUGCCUAAUCCACCAGCAGUAGUAUUUGUAAUAGACGUAUCGUAUAACUCUAUGAAGAGUGGUCUUCUGCGCACUAUAUGUGACAAUAUUCUGGAUAUUAUUCAGGCAAUGCCAAAGGAUGAUCAAACGGGAAAGUGUAUGACUCGAGUAGGAUUCAUUACAUACAGUUCUACCGUACACUUCUACAAUAUCAAGGGUUCCCUUGCACAACCACAAAUGCUAUCAGUAGGUGACAUCGGAGACAUGUUUGUGCCAAUCCUGGAAGGCUUCCUCGUAGAAGCUGAAGAGUCGGGACCAGUUCUGGAGGCAUUGCUCCAGCAAUUACCCACAUUAUUUGCCGAUAACCAAAAUACUGAGAUUAUUUUGUUGCCAGCUGUUCAGGCCGGGUUAGAAGCCCUUAAGGCGGCAGACACCUGUGGUCAACUCUUAGUAUUCCACACAUCGCUUCCAACUUAUAAUGCUCCCGGAAAACUUAUUAACAGAGAAGAUAGGAAACUUCUUGGAACAGAAAAGGAGAAGCAAAUCUUGAGUCCCCAAACAACAGCGUACAACGAGCUAGGUCAAGCGUGCUCCGCUGCGGGCGUGUCCGUCGAACUGUUCGUAUUUAACAACUCGUACGUAGAUACGGCCACUAUCGGACAACUGCCGCGAUUGACGGGAGGACAAGUGCAUAAAUACACUUAUUUCACUGCUGAGACAGAUGGCAGUCGUCUAUGCCGUGAUGUUCGUCGCGUAGUGACGCGUAACACUGCUCACGAUGCCGUGAUGCGUGUACGCACGUCCACGGGCGUACGGGCUACUGACUUCUUCGGACAUUUCUUUAUGUCUAACACCACUGAUGUCGAAUUGGCUGCUAUUGACCCUGACAAAGCGAUAGGCGUCGAAAUAAAACAUGACGACAAACUGACGGGCGAAGAUGGCGUAUACAUACAAACUGCGUUGCUGUACACGCAUCGAUCCGGGCAGAGAAGAUUACGUGUGCUAAACUUAGCACUCAAUGUGGCCCACCAGCUCGCUGAUGUGUAUAGAUCUGCUGAAUUGGAUACGAUGAUCAAUUUCCUUACUAAACAAGCGGUAUGGGCCCUUCGUGACGCCCCACCCCGCGCAGUACGUGAAGGUUUAACAACCCGUUGUGCGCGUUCGUUGGCCGCGUACAGAAGACACUGUGCGUCGCCAUCUUCUGCGGCCCAAUUAGUCUUACCGGAGUCUAUGAAACUACUGCCUUUGUAUACCAGCGGUUUAUUACGGUCUGACGCUAUUUCUGGAGGUCCAGACAUUACCUGCGAUGACCGCUCCUGCGCAAUGUACCGUGCGUUGACAGCGGACGUAUGUCAGUCCGUAGUAUAUACGUAUCCGCGUCUUCUUCCACUUCAUACGCUUCCAAAUACGCCGCAGCCACUUAGGGCAUCUGUCGAUAAGAUGAGCGAUCAGGGAGUCUAUUUGCUUGAAAAUGGCGUCCAUAUGCUGCUCUGGGUUGGAUCACAAGCCUCUCCGGAAUUUGUAAAUGAUGUCUUCGGUGCUCCAUCUCCUCACCAGCUGAAUACCCAGGUCUGCGAGCUUCCAGAACUAGAUAAUGAGCUGAACAGAGCCGUUAGAGCCUUGCUAGAAGAUGCAAGGGAUAAGAGGAGAACUGCUAUGAGGUUAACGGUUAUGCGUCAGCACGACAAAUUGGAGGCAGUGUUGCGACACUUCUUGGUUGAAGAUCGAGGCGUGGAUGGGUCUUCCUCAUACGUCGACUACCUCUGCCACAUACAUAAGGAAAUCAGAAGUCUUCUAUAGCGGUAUGAAAUAUAAAUAAACCGUGGACAUUUCAAAAUGUUUGCAAUAAAGUGUUCGGAUAAAUUCCGAAUGUUGACGGUGCGGCAUACGUUGGACUGUUAAUGAAGUUUCAUAUUAGCCAAGAAUAAAUUCCCUACUUUAUAUAUUUCAUAACAUUUAGUAUAUUUCUAAAACAUGUAUUUGGUUUACGUUUACCAAAAAUAACACUAAUAUAAACGCGAAUUUGUUAAGUAACUAGAUAUUGUCAGUGCUUUCGCGUUUCUAUAGUUUUAUUUUAAAUGGACUAGCAAUCUGAUAAUUACAUAAUUUUACUUAGCGUUGCUCUAAAGAUAAAAUACGAAGAGGAAGAAAAUUAGGCCUUCCGCUAUUUGUGCUAUAUAGAUAAUAUUUCCAAAACUGAUCAAUUAUAUGUGUGGUCGUUGUUAUGAGAAUUGGGGUUUUUAUACGUUGAUAAGUUUUUAUUAGAGGGUCAUAAACGUCUAAAACUCAUGUUAAUUCAUAUUAAAAAACACCUAGCCCAAAACAAAUUUAUUGUAAACACGCCAAAAGCCAUUCGUCGAGGCAAUUUUUUUAUUAAAAAAGUAGUCUAAAUUUUUAUUAAUUUUUUAAGCGUGUUCAUAACAUACAAUUAAUUAAUAAUUUCGUGUAAUUUUUUUUUAAAAAGAAAAGAUAAAAACUGUUCUCUGUUUAAAAGCCUUAAUUGUAAUGUAUUAAGGUUUCUAUUUUUGUUAAUGUAAAUAAUUUAAUAUGAUUAGAGCCAUUUAUAUAUUAAUUAUAUUACGCAAUUAUAUUUUCAUCGGGUUUAAACUCGUCUCUAAAUUUAUUUAGAUUCAAAAUUGCAAUAUCGAGAACCAUGUGAAAUUAGUCAUCAGUUGACAAAUGUUAAAAUCAUAAUUUUAUUAAUAUAUUAAAUCUGAUUUACUUUAUAGAGUAUAACGUUCUAGGUAAAAUAAUUCGUUAAAAUAGGUCAUAUUUUGUUUGGUAUUGAUAUUGUAUUCCAAUCUACAGUAGACAUUAUUUCUUUAGGUUAAUUCAAUUAUUAUAGGAGUAAGGUUCGAUUGUGUAAAUAAAGUAUAUUGGAACUAUGUUAA